UCAGAAGCAGCGGCAGCAGCAGCGAGCGUCGCGAGGACACGGACGGAGAUGGCGGGAGCGCAGCCGGGAGUCCACGCGCUCCAGCUCAAGCGCGUGUCGGUGACCGAGAGCCUGAGGACCGGCGACAAGUUCAUUAAAUGGGACGAUGACUGCACUACAGUUACGCCCGUGACGCUGCGCGUUGACCCGCGGGGCUACUUCCUGUACUGGACCGAUCAGAAUAAGGAGACCGACCUGUUAGACGUCUCGCUCAUCAAGGAUACGAGAAAUGGGAGAUUUGCCAAGACGCCAAAGGAGGCCAAGCAGCGAGAGCUUCUGGAUGUGGGGACUCUGGAGGGGAGGCUGGAGAACCGGACACUCACAGUGGUCAGCGGUGCAGACAUGGUCAACAUCACCUGCCUGAACUUUACAGCCUUCAGCGAAGAGGUGGCCAAGGAGUGGGCCGAAGAGCUUUUCAGCUUGGCGUCGAACCUGCUGGCUCAGAACAUGUCCAGAGAGUCCUGUCUGGAGAAAGUGUACACAAGACUGACGUUACAGCUGACGGCCGAGGGUGGCAUUCCUGUGAAAAAUAUCUUCCGUCUGUUCUCAGCCGACAGACGGAGGGUUGAAAACGCUCUGGAGGUCUGCAGCCUGCCGACGGGACGAGUAAGAGAACGCUUCAUUCUGCUAAAACCUCACUCUUUUUAG